UCUUGCUUUCGCUCUCUUUCUUCCCUCCCUCCCUCCGAUGCUUCGCAGUUGCAGAAGCAGAUAAAAUUCUCGAAGCUCGUCUUGUCGCCUCACAAUUCUCUCUCUAUCUCUGUCUGACAUGGCCGCAGCUCAAGUCUCUGCUUCGCUCUCCGUCUCUGCUCGCGAUUUCUGCGCUGUCGUCGGCCCGCCGAGAACCACCGUCAUCCCUCGGGUUCGGCUCCCGGGCCGCGGUCCGAGCGGCGCCACUUUCGCCACCGGUUCUCCUCUGGCAGUAAGGAGAUCCUCCUCUAUUAGAAAAUCUGCAAGCAAGGCAGCAGCAGUAUCCAUUAGGUGUGAGCAGAAUACUCAAGAGGGGAACAGUUUAGAUGUAUGGCUGGGCCGUCUUGCAAUGGUUGGAUUUGCUGCGGCAAUCAGUGUUGAAAUAGGAACAGGCAAGGGACUUUUGGAGAACUUUGGGCUGACAUCCCCUUUGCCGACAGUCGCUUUGGCCGUUACAGCAUUAGUGGGAGUCCUGACGGCAGUCUUUAUCUUCCAGUCCGCCUCUAGCAAGUGAUUGGAUCCAUGGUGAUGUUUGUGUCUGUAAAGUUUGUUACUGUGAGGAGAUUACUCAGUACAUAUUCUCUAGUUGUAAUUUUUGUAAGGGACACAUGUCAUACGACUUUGUGACCGUAAAAGUAAUGGAAUUUUCUUCCCUCUUUCUUCUGA